GCCGCCAUGGCGGUGCCCAGGCGCUGAGGGCGGCGCCGGGCCGCGCUGAGGGGCGGCGGGACCCGGCGAGACCCGCGGCCACCGAACCUCGGCGGCUCUGGGGAGCUCCGGGGCGGCACCGAGCUCUCCCAGGCCCGGGGAGCGGGCAGGCCCCCAGCUGCGGCUCUCCGAGGCCGCCGGGCCGCUUCCCCGCUGUCUCCGGCCUGCUCUGCCCUGCCCGGCCGGGUCAGGGCCCCGCCGCCCUCGCCUCGAGCUGUCCGUCCGCAGGGUGACCAUGAAGGUGGUGAACCUGAAGCAGGCCAUCCUGCAGGCCUGGAAGGAGCGCUGGAGCGACUACCAAUGGGCCAUAAACAUGAAGCGGUUCUUCCCCCGCGGAGCCACCUGGGACAUCCUCAACUUGGCAGAGGCUCUCCUGGAGCAGGCCAUGAUUGGGCCAUCCCCAAACCCACUCAUCUUGUCCUACCUGAAAUACGCCAUCAGCUCCCAGAUGGUGUCCUAUUCCACGGUGCUGAUGGCCAUCAGCAAGUUCGAUGACUUCUCCCGGGAUUUGUGUGUCCAGUCGCUCUUGGAGAUCAUGGACAUGUUCUGUGACCGCCUCAGCUGCCACGGCAAGGCCGAGGAGUGCAUCAGCCUGUGCAGGGCACUGCUGAGUGCCCUCACCUGGCUGCUGCGCUGCGCCACCUUCUAUGCCGAGAAGGUGAAGGAGCCGCUGGAGCAGGCGGCGGCGGAGAACCAGCUGAAGAUGUGCCUGGAGAGGCUGGAGAAGAUGCUCAGCAGCACCAAGAACCGUGCCCUGAUCCACAUUGCCAAGCUGGAGGAGACAUCCUCCUGGAGCACCGUGGAGCAGUCCCUCGUCAAGCUGGGAGAGAACCUGAACAACCUUGGCAGCUCCCCGCUGCGGAGCCAGGCUGAUAACUGCGUGUCCCUCAUCAAAAGCAUCCCCACCAUGCUCUCAGUCCACUCAGAGCAGCUGAACAAGACAGGCUUCCCCACCGUGCACGCCGUGGUGCUGCUGGAGGGCACCAUGAACCUCACAGGAGAGACCCAGCCACUGGUGGAGCAGCUGAUGAUGGUGAAGAGGAUGCAGCGCAUCCCCUCCCCUCUCUUCGUGCUGGAGAUCUGGAAGGCUUGUUUUGUGGGCCUCAUCGAGUGUCCUGAGGGCACAGAGGAGCUCAAGUGGACAGCCUUCACCUUCCUGAAGAUGCCCCAAGUGCUGGUUAAACUCAAGAAAUACCCCCAAGGGGACAAGGAUUUCACUGAGGAUGUGAACAGUGCCUUUGAGUUCCUGCUGAAGCUGACCCCUCUGCUCGACAAAGCCGACCAGCGCUGCAACUGUAACUGCAUGAGCCUGCUCCUGCAGGAGUGCAGCAAGCAGGGGCUGCUCUCCGAGGCCAACAUGAACAACCUCAUCGACAAACGGGCUGCAGACAAGGAAAACUCUCCAUCCCUGAAAUCGGCUGAGAACGCCAACAUCCAGCCAAACCCUGGGCUCAUCCUGAGGGCUGAGCCCACUGUCACCAACAUCCUGAAGACCAUGGAUGCAGAUCACUCCAAGUCCCCUGAGGGCCUUCUGGGGGUCCUGGGUCACAUGCUGUCUGGGAAGAGCCUGGACUUGCUGCUGGCAGCAGCAGCAGCCACUGGGAAGCUGAAAUCCUUCGCUCGGAAGUUUGUCAAGCUGAAUGAAUUCACCAAGCAAAUCACCGGGGAAAUCUCCAAGAGUGGCCCAGUCCGGGCUCUGCUUUUUGACAUCUCCUUCCUCAUGCUGUGCCAUGUGGCCCAGACCUAUGGCUCAGAGGUGAUCCUAUCAGAUUCCAACCCUCCAGGCGAGGUGCCCUUCUUUGAGACCUGGAUGCUGACCUGCAUGCCCGAGGAGGGGAAGAUCCUCAACCCUGACCACCCCUGCUUCCGCCCGGAUUCCACCAAGGUGGAGUCCCUGGUUGCCCUCCUCAACAACUCCUCCGAGAUGAAGCUGGUGCAGAUGAAGUGGCACGAGGUGUGUCUGAGCAUCUCAGCUGCCAUACUGGAGAUCCUCAAUGCCUGGGAGAAUGGAGUCCUCACCUCUGAGUCGAUCCAGGUGGGGCUGCUGGGGGGCAGAGUGGAGCUGUGCUGUGUCCUGAGGAGGAAUCAAGAGUCCAGAAGCUCUGGGAAAAUCACGGAGAACAUCAAGGGGAAGGUGUGCAGCAUGGCAGUGUGUGCCGUGGCCUGGCUGGUGGCCCACGUCCGCAUGCUGGGCCUGGAUGAGAGGGAGAAGUCCCUGCAGAUGAUCCGGCAGCUGGCCACCCCCCUGUACGGGGAGAGCACACUGCAGUUCUACAACGAGCGCGUGGUGAUCAUGAGCUCCAUCUUGGAGCACAUGUGCGCGGACAUCCUGCAGCAAACGGCCACGCAGAUCAAGUUCCCCUCCACUGGCAUGGACACCAUUCCCUACUGGAAUCUUCUGCCCCCCAAGAAGCCCAUCAAGGAGGUGCUGACCAGCGUGUUCACCAAGGUGCUGGAGAAGGGCUGGGUCGACAGCCGCUCCAUCCACAUCUUCGACACCCUGCUGCACAUGGGGGGGGUCUACUGGUUCUGCAACAACCUGGUCAAGGAGCUGCUGAAGGAGACACGGAAGGAGCACACGCUGAGGGCUGUGGAGCUGCUCUAUGCCAUCUUCUGCCUGGACAUGCACCAGCUGACGCUGACACUGCUGGGCCACAUCCUGCCCAACCUGCUGACAGACUCCUCCAAGUGGCACACCCUCAUGGACCCCCCUGGGAAGGCCCUGGCCAAGCUCUCUGUUUGGUGUGCCCUGAGCUCCUACUCCUCCCACAGCAAGGUCCAGGCCUCAGCCAGGCAGAAGAAGAGGCACCGUGAGGACAUCGAGGAUUACAUCAGCCUGUUCCCACUGGAUGACACACAGCCCUCCAAGCUCAUGCGGCUGCUGAGCUCCAACGAGGAGGAUUCCAACAUCCUCUCCAGCCCCAAUCGCUCCAUGAGCAGCUCACUCUCUGCCUCCCAGCUCCACACUGUCAGCAUGAGGGACCCUCUGAACCGGGUGCUGGCAAACCUCUUCCUGCUCAUCUCUUCCAUCCUGGGGGCCAAGACAGCUGGCACCCACACCCAGUUUGUCCAGUGGUUCAUGGAGGAGUGUGUGGAGUGCCUGGAGCAGGGCAGCCGUGGGAGCAUCCUGCAGUUCAUGCCCUUCACCAUGGUUUCUGAGCUGGUGAAGGUGUCCACCAUGUCCAGUCCCAAAAUUGUCCUGGCCAUCACUGACCUCAGCCUGCCCCUGGGUCGCCGUGUCGCCGCCAAGGCCAUCGCUGCUCUGUGACCAGGGGGGUCCCUGAGGAGCCCCGGGAUGUCCCUGCUGCUCUGGGGGGCUGGGAUGGCCCCUGUCACUGCAGCUGCUGGAGGGCUGCUCCCUCAGCACGUGGAGCCACCUCCUUGCUCUGCCUCAUGGCACUUUGGAGACUGAGACACCCCCUAAUUUUUUGUAUUCUAUAAAUCAAUCCUUUUGUACAACCA